GUGUGGAUGUGGCUGAGCGGCUGACAAAAACUUAACUACUCUGCUUCUCCUUCACGCUCAGACAAAUCCAAGCGCGCACUCUGGGAAAAAAACAAAACAAAAGCGGAGGUGACUCCCACCUCCGUAUUUUUCGUGACAGCUCAAAGGAUAAAGUAAGCGGAGUAGGUUGGCUGAGGGAGGGGCCGCCAGCAGAGGGUGUUUUCCUUCUGCUGUGUCAGUUUUCAGCUCUCUGUCACAGUCCUUGUGUUUGCGCGUAAAAGCAGAACCAUGAAUAGCUGCACCCGGAGCGCAUGGUCUGAUUGAUGCAGAACUCCCCGCAGGGCUUCGCUGGGUAACAUGGAUCUGCACCCGGUCUUCAGAGGGAAAGCCCGCAUUUCUUCACGGAUCCGUGUUUCCACCACGAGGAUACCUGCGCUUAGAGAGGAUACGCCGGAAUAAAAAGCAGGACUUUAUCAUCAUUAAGCUGCAGUGUCCAGCGCUGCAGAACGCUUCGCCAUGCUAGAAGUCAGGUUUUGGAGCGUCAGAUUAUCUGUUCUGCUGCUGCUUUGGCCUCAACUCCUGCACAGUCAACAAACAGCUGAUCACAGGAAGGUGCCGCAGAGGACAGAGUAUCAACAGGAGAACAGGGACAAGUACAGGGAAAUCCAGGGUACCUGGGGCACCUGGGGCGCCUGGUCAACCUGCUCCCGGACGUGUGGGAAAGGGGUACAAGAACAGACGAGGCCCUGUCUGCCUGUGUACACUCAAUACCCCGCCAGAGUAGCUACAGUUCAGCCCCAGCAGCCGGGCUAUGUCAUUUCAGCUUUGAAGCCUGCUGCUGCUCCGAGCCACAGUGGAGUCAGAGCCUUCAACGGCAGCAGCAGCAGGGGAGAGCCGAGGAGGGAGAAGCAGAGCCGGCCAGGAGAACGCAGGAGGGUCACCCACAUCGUCCCAGGGAGGUAUGGCUAUGGACGAGCACCUUAUGUUGCUCCACUGCAAGCGGAUCCGGGCCGAGGCUCAGGUUCCCCUCGGCUCCACAGACAGAGACGCUCGGCUGCAGCUAAUUUCCUCCAGCCCGUCGCCAGAGGGCACAGCGACCGCAGGUCACAUAAACCGGAGGCCUCCAACAACCUCCAUCGCUUCACCGAGCCAUACGCGAAUCCCAGGACACAACAGUCCAGGAACAAUCAAGUCUGGGCUCCCCUUUAUCAACCUACUUCUGCCAAGCAGGCCGAGGUCCAGGCAGGCGGUCGGACCUCCGGCCACCAGCUGCAUAAGGAGAGACCUUACAACCCCCUGCCUUCUUCCUUUUGCACAGGGGAGCAUGCUCGCUACAGGAUCUGCAACAGUAAUGAUUGUCCUCCAUCCAGCAAGGACAUCAGAGCGGUCCAAUGUUCUUCCUACAAUAACCAGCCUUUCAUGGGCAGGCUCUACAAGUGGGAGCCUUUUAACGAGGUUCCCGACGAGCCGCACUGUGAGCUGAACUGCCGGGCCAUUGGGUUCAGAUUCUACGUGCGCCAGUCAGACAGGGUGACUGACGGGACUCCGUGUGGACAGAAUGAAACAUAUCUGUGUGUGGCGGGACGGUGCGCGAGCCUUGGCUGUGAUGAGUAUCUUGGAUCUGGGAAGAUGGUUGACAAGUGCGGCGUGUGCGGUGGUGACAACACAACCUGCAGGCUGGUCUCAGGAGUGUUCAAACACAGCUUGUCCAAGAUUGGCUACCACAAGAUAGUGGAGAUCCCAGAGGGCGCCACCAAGAUCAACGUGACAGAGAUGGUGAAGAGCAGAAACUACCUUGCUCUCCGAAGCCGUUCCGGGAGAUCCAUAAUAAAUGGAAACUGGGCUAUUGACCGACCAGGGAAAUAUGAGGGUGGGGGUACCAUGUUUACCUACCGCAGACCCAAUGAGAUCAGAAGCACAGCUGGGGAAUCCUUUGUUGCUGAGGGCCCCACCAAUGAAAUCCUGGAUGUUUAUAUGAUCUUCCAGCAGCCAAACCCUGGGAUUCACUACGAGUACAUUCUCCCCUCUGAGAAAACCACCAAGCCUCAGCAAGCGACCCACACACCAGAAGAAGAAGCGGUGAAUGGACAAGAUGAGCAUAACCAGCAGGAAAACUUCAACUACGCAGGUGGGGGAAGGCAUAAAGCGCAUCCUCCAGACAACCAGGUACCUGCUGUGGUUCCUCCAAAACCUGAGAGGGAGUACAACUGGAAACUGACUGGUACCACAGAAUGCAGCGCCUCCUGUGGAAAAGGUUUCAGAUAUUCAGUUUUCCGCUGCGUCCACCGGCUGAAUCACGUCGAGGUGUCAGAUGCUCUGUGCGACAGCAGCAGCCGCCCAGCUCCACAAGAGGAGGCCUGCAACCUGCAGCCCUGCCCAGCUUUCUGGGACAUCGGAGAGUGGUCAGAGUGCAGCAAGACCUGUGGGCUAGGCAUGCAGCACCGGCAGGUCCUGUGUCGCCAGGUUUACGCCAACCGCACCCUCAACGUCCACACGAGCCGUUGUCAACACCUGGAGAGACCCGAAACAGCCAGUACCUGCCAGCUGAAGAUCUGCAGCGAGUGGCAGAUCCGCUCCGAGUGGACAUCUUGUUCAGUGCCAUGCGGGCUGGGUCAGAGGUCAAGAGAGGUGCGCUGUGUCAGCAACGUGGGCGACUUUGUUCCUGAUGAGGAGUGCAACAUGAAUCUGCGACCCAACGAUGUGGAAAACUGCGAUAUGGGAGCCUGUGCCAAGAGUUGGUUCUACACCGAGUGGGGAAACAGGUGCUCUGCUGAAUGUGGGAUGGGGGUCAAAACCCGUGGAGUUCUUUGUCUGACUAACCACGUCAGCAGCCUUCCUCUGGAGGGAUGUGGCAGUGAGCGGCCUGCAGAGUCCCAGGUCUGCAACAAUGGUCCCUGUGACAACCGCAUCGAGUGGUUCACAGGUCCCUGGAGCCAGUGCUCUGCAGAAUGUGGCACAGGCAGUCAGCAGAGGUCGGUGGCAUGUUUAAUGAACUCUGACGAAGGAUUUACCGUCAUGCCACCCUAUGAAUGCUCCUCCUUGGACCGACCGCUCAGUCAGCAGAGCUGCAGCAUCAAGGCCUGUGGAGCAAAGUGGUACCACACUGACUGGAGUGCUUGUUCGAAAACAUGCGAGGGAGGUUUUCGAGUGCGGGAGGUGCGCUGUCUGUCAGACGACAUGCUGUCCUCCGAGGCCUGUGAUGAGCAGCUGAGACCAGCAGAGAGGGAGGACUGCAGCCCUGAGCCCUGCAUGCCUCACAUAGAUCUGAACUGCAGAGACAAGUACUUCAACUGCAAUGUGGUGGUCCAGGCUCGCCUCUGUGUGUACGAUUAUUACAAAACAGCGUGCUGUGCUUCAUGUUCACGCGUGGCACACAGACAGAAAACCCACCGAGGUCACAGCUAGCACAGACUUCCUGUGGACCCUCAUCUGCACCCACUAAAGGGUCCCUGACCCUGAGAAAGAUGGACGGACGGGACCUUUUGCCAGAAAGGGCCCUCGUUUGAGUUAACAGGGAUUGAAACCUGAGAAGGAACAUCUGAGUUGGACCUUUUGCAGGUAGCUGUUGGGGAACGAGAAAAAAGGCUUUAAAUUAUGUAUGAAAUGAAUCCAGGUGCUGGAAAUAAAGAAGAUUCUCUGAGGGACAGAGAGCCACGGCAAACAGUGAAACCCCCCAAAAAUGUAUUUUUCUUUAGUUUGCAGCUGGCUUUUGUGCCUCACCUGUCCAGAGUAGAUUGCCAGUAAACCUGUUAUUGAGGAUAUAUUCUAAGAAAGUGGAUUCUGUGGUAAAAGUGGUUUUACAUGCACUACAAGCCAAAGUCGGCUCAUUAAACCAAGAACAACACAGUGAUAACCUUUUCAUAAACAAACAUCGUGCAUUAAACCCUCCGUGGGGCUAACGAUGGUUCCAUUCCUACAAUACCAUGAGAUGUAAAAGCAGCUUAUGUAAUAUAACAAUGUGUAUAUAUGUUUGUGUAUAACAGCGUUGGAUAAGUGUUUUGCUUUUAGUGGUUCUCUGACCCCUCCACAGAACCUGGAGGAGGAGGAUGGGGAGGAGGGGUCCCUCUUUAUUUAUGAAUGUGGCUCUCCAGGGUGGAUGAUUCUUUAUCGGCCACUGGUGGCUUCGUUUCAGCUGUUAUUCCUUUAAGCCAAUCACAGUCUGUGAACUGGAUGUAGACAGCCCACAGCCUGCUGGAUGGCAGAACCAGAUGCUCCAAACACUGGUGAUUUCUGGCAAGCUGAAACAUGCCUUUUUUUUCCUUCUUGUGGACGAUGAUCAUUCCACAGCAAUCCUUGAUGAUGUAUACAUAUUUUUAAAAUAUGAAUAUUUUAUUGUUUAACUGCAUUGUACAGCUCUUGGCUUGAUUUGAUAUACCAGUUGUUCAUAAAUUCUUGUUCAUUAAUUAGCUCUAUUUACCAUAAGGACACUGUUUGAAAAAAAUAUUUAGCAGUGUUACAAAUCUUCUCCAAACUCAACAAUCUUACCUCUUAUCAUCAAGAAGGCUGCUGGUUACAGGCUCAUCUCAGCACAUUAGAAUAUUGUUGAACAUUUAAACAGAUUGAUGUACAGUACUUGAAGCAUUGAUUUCUGUUAAUUUUGAUUAUUAUGUCUUGCCCUUAAUGCUUAAUGCUUGUCUGCAUUGUUGGGUCUGGUGUGUCUCAUCUUUAGCUUCCCAGCACUUCACUGAUUCUCCGUGGGGUUUCGGUCAUGCCGGCUUGGCGGUCAGUCAAUUACAGCGAUACCAUGGAUUUUAAAACCAGAUAAAGGUACUUUUCAUCAGUACGGGUUGGUGCCGUGUGUGCCUUAAAAAGGAAAUCAGCAUCUCCAUAAAAUGUGUCAGCAGAUAGAAUAAUAAUACAAUUUCCUGGGGAACGGUGGCUCUGACUUCAGACUCAAUGAAACACAGCGGAUCAACACCUGGGAACACCAGACAUGGCUCCUCAAAUAAUCACAGACUAUGGAAACCCUAAACCAAGUCUCACACGAUUUGGAUUCUAUGCCUCUCCCCUCUUCCUCCAGACUCUGGAAGCUGGAUUUCCUAAUUAAAUUCUAAGUUUACAUCUAUUUGAAGACUUCAGACUAAACACCACUUCUGCCAGCUGUGGACGUAUCCCGCAUGUCUUCCCCCUCUUUCUCAACCUCAUUUCCUGUCAGCCAACUGUCAAUUAAAGGCGACUAGUGACAAAAAAAUGUACACACAAGUGGGCUCUUUUUACUAAUUAGGUGACCUCACAUGGAAGAGGGUGCAUCAGUAGUGGUUGCUGGAAGUUUAAUUUUUUUGGUGGAGUUCCCCCUAAUUUUCUAUAGGUAGAACCUCCCAUUACAAUGGUCUAGUGGAGGCUGAUUGCUUUUUCCCCCCUUCAGAAUAACCCUAAGUAAAAAAAACAAAAUAAAAAAAGCAAGAAAACCUCAGGGAUUUAACAUCUGGGAGCUUUCAUAAUUAAAAGCGCUCAUUAUCACAGUCCAAAUAUUUUCAGGUAAGGCAAGGAUUCUCAUAAUUAUGUACAAAUGCCUCCCAAAUCCAAUCAGCUGCAGAAACAAACAGGAGUCGAAUAAUAUUGAUGUGGGUUGCAGCUUACAGCUUCUAUUUUUUAAACUGGUGGACAGAACAUUGGUCUUUUGUCAAUAUAAUGAUUGCACCACUCGAGAAAGGUCGAUACCAGUAUAAUGGGAAGGAGACUCCUGCAGAUUGGAUUACUGACUGAGAGAUUGAGGUUCUUACAUGUCUGACCACCCAGUCUACUGCCUUUAAUAUAUUUCUUCUUAGACUUGCAGGAGACUUAUUACCAUUUACUCCUAAACAAAUCUGUUGCAAGCCUGGAUUAUGGAGUUGGACGUCAAUCAAGGAAGAUAUAAUGUUAAAUUAUAUUAGCUUUUUAAAGUGGAAAUUGAGCCCUUAAAUAUAUUACUUUAGAGCCAUCUACUGGAUUAAAUGUGAAACAACAUGCAGGGUUACGUCUCUUCACUUUAUGCAAUGAUCCUGCCGUGUUUAUCACUAGUAAAGAUUUCUCUGUUAUUUUUAUAGUUCAAGAGAAGGAGCAGAAACAGAAGCUUAAGAUCUAUAACCCAUUGUGCUCAUAUUUAAAAGUUUAGUGGCUGCAUGCUAAAUGCUAAAUGACGUUUGGAGUGAUGACAAUGCUUUAUGUAACGUUUGUCAUGAAUUAUUCAUUUGAAGUUUUGACCAGAAAAUGCAUAAAUUCUUGUCUGAAAUCAGCAAUUGUAUCAUAUUGUAGAAAAGAAAUCUUUAAUUUGAACCCUUUCUAACCCUUUAAGUUAUUUUAAGUCCUUUUUAAUACUGGUCUUUCUUCUAAUGGUGGACAGCUGAAGCAACAAACAUACACAAAAGCUUUUGUUUUCAGUUUUUAGUAAACUUUUCUAAUUUUAAGGUAUUUGAAAUUAUAUACACAUAUACGCGUUUCUCAAGACAACAAUACUUUAAAUGAGUUUAGGUCUCGACUUUGGCUGCACCAUUUUAACACAUUAAUUGUUUUGUUUUUUUAUCUAAAUAUCACAUCUUAACUCUUGGUGUGCCGUUUGUUUGAAAGAUUAACCUCACCCCAGUUAUGUUUGCAGCGACCAACAGGCUUUCUUCCAGUAUUGUCGUGUAUUUGGCUUUAUCCAACUUACCAUCAAUUCUGAUAAGCUUCUAUGUCUCCGAUGAAAAUCUUCAUUCCAACCACCACAUGAUGCUGCCACUACCAUGCUUCAAUGUAGAGAUAAUGUCUUUUAGUUAUUUGCGUUGUCACUUUUCUGCCAUACAUAGCAUUUGGCAUGUAGAACAAAAUAAAUAUAUAUUUUUAAGUCAAAAAGAAAACUGGACUUCUUAUGGCUUUCUUUCAAUAAUGGCUGUCCUCUUGCCACUCCUCCAUAAGAGCCAGCUGUGAGUAAUGCAUCAAUAGUAGUUUUACUGUCAACAGAUUAUUCCACCUGAGCUGAUUUCUGCAACUCCCGAAAGGUUCCAGCCUCUGAACUACUUCUCUUCUUAAUUUUCUUUUUAUUCAUCAAGUUUUUAUGCCUGGUACUCUUUCCAUUCUCUGAUGAUGGAUUGAACACUGCUCUGUGACAUGUUCAAAGCGUGGGAUGUUUUUUUAAGCUAAACCUGCUUUGAAGUUCUCCACAACUUUAUCCCUGAGUUAUCUGAUGUUUUCCUCUGGUUUUGUAAUGCUGUUUUUUCCCCCUCUCAUGAUAUUUAACGGACAUCUAAGACCUCCUCAAAACAGGUUUUACUUUCUGAUUAAAUUAUAUACAGAGAGGAUUCAUUUACAAAUGAGCUGACUUCUGAGGCUGAAUUCUGCUUCGUGAGAUCAGAAUACACUUUUCAGAUUUUUACUUUUUCUGUUGUUUUUUUUUAAUAGAAACACCAUGUAUAAUUUUCUACUCAUUGCAAUGAAACACCUACAAAUAUUAAUCGAGGGUGUAAUGCGAGAAAAUGUGAAAAAGAUCAAGAGGUAAAAUUGCUUUUGAGAGACACUGUACACAAACUCAAAUGGUCCUGCCUGAAAGGAAAAGACAAAUUGCAUGACAAGCUGCACAUAAUUUUUAGUGCUCCUAAAAAGCAUUGGGCUAAACAUUUUUUAGAUCUUAAGAAUGUAGAUUAAACUGAGAUGUUGCACAACUUGAUCUCUAAGUCUCAUAAGUUAGAGAUGUUAAGUUCAUCACUGCUGCUGUUGGCAGUGUAGACGGCUCUUUGAGGUUAGAACUCACUCCUCCAUCCAAGUAGCAGAGGUUUUAGGCGGUUUGGAAACAGAAAGAAUGUAUUUCUUGGUGUCCACAUGUAUGGCUCCAUAACAAUCAGUUUGUCACUACACAAGCCCAGUGGAGGAAAAACUCCUGCACCAGAGUAUGAAUUAGACACUCCACAAUACAUGGCUUGGAAACAGAAGAUGUCCUGGAUGUGAUUAUGUAACAAUUCAGAAGUAGGUAAAACAAACAAACAAACAAAAAACUAUGAUAUGAUUGGAAUUGGGCCAUAAUCUCUCUGUUGGUUUGGGGAUUGUUGAAUAUUGUAUGUAUUUUUACUGAAAUAUAAAAACUGCAGACAUCCUUCCUGCUUGAAUAGAA